CUUUUCCUGAUAUUGAAGAUAUUGAAUGCAGCUCUACAUAGUCUACUAGACUUAGUUAACCACUUUAUGACCAAGUAGUAGCAGAAAAUAACAUACAUAUUUUAUGGUAAAAACGACAGUUCCUGUAUUACAGUUGACAACAUUUAACAGUUGCAGUAUAAGCUCCUGCCUUUUUAAUCAUUUGUCAAAUAAGACAAAAAUUUAUUUUCUUUCAGAAUCUUUAUAACUUCCCACUCUGAUCAAUGAACCCUGCGGUGACCGAUCUGGCCGGACAACUAGGCCAGUGGGCUCAACGUAUAAAUGAACGACAAGGACUGCUAGACGCAGAACUAAAUCGACUCAAAACCUUUCGAAAUGAUUACGACGCGCUCGAAAAAACACUGCGGACUCUGCCGGACGAAACCAGCCGAUCUGCAAUGAUCCCAUUUGGUAAACUCGCGUUUAUGCCUGGAAAGUUGAUACACACGAACGAAAUUACAGUUUAUCUUGGUGAUCAGUAUUAUGCAGAGCGAUCGGCAAAACAAGCUCUCGGCGUUCUCGAUCGACGUAGGCAAGUGGUGGAAGAGAAUGUUCGACUAUUAGAAGCACAACGCAACGGACUUCAAGCUAAAAGCGAAGCGGGUCAGGGAGCGCUUCCAUCUGACGAUCUUGGCGUCAACGAAGAGGGGCUUCCUAUUGUCGAAAUUCGAGAAGAAGAGCUUCCGAAGGAAAAGGCCGAAAGUGCUGUCAAAGAAGAUCUUAAGGAACAGAAGAAGGAUUCAAAAGGAAAAGGAAGGGCCAAUGUUGAACCAGUAAACCCAAAAAGCGAAGUAUGGUCCGAAAAAGAACAAAAGGAUGUGAUGGAUAUGCUACAGCGGCUAGAAGCAGAAGAGGAAGAGGAGGAGGAGGAAUUGCGGGGACAGCAACAGAGUGAAUCGACACAAGACAACGGAAAGAAACAUCGGGACGGCGACGACGACGACGAAGAUGAUGUUGAUGAUGACGAUGAUUGGGAUGACCGUUACGAUACAGAAAUUACGGAUAACCUCUUCAGUAGUUACGACGAUGACGAGGAUUAUGCUACGCAGGGCAUUAUCGAACAAGUUGACGCAUCUGUUUACGACGACGAAGACGAAGGCCAAGAUAAUGCGCAGCAAGAAGAACCACCAAAUGUAAUGGAAGCAACCAAAGAAGAUGAACCAACUGUCGAACCUUCGCCAUUGCAAGACAGUGUUGCUGAAAAGAAGGAUACAUCGACCGAUCCACCAACAGAUGGAAUUGUAGAAAACAAUGCUGCCGUCUCAGCUGAUGCCACGUCUCCUCCUCCAUCCGCAAAAGCAAAAAAGCCAUCUCGAUUCAAAGUCGCUCGACAAAAAGAACGAACUGCAGAAACAAUUGCCCGAAACAUAGCGGCAAGCCGUCAAUCAGAUGUGGAAAAGGACCAGGUCACUAAAGAGAUACCCGUCGUACAAGAAACAUCAGAAAAUGAGUCUAAACAUCCAACUGGAUCAACUGUUACUGAGCAGCAAGAACACCAGGGCAUUCCUGCUGUUCAGGAGUCGUCACCAAUACAAAGCAAAAGCGUACCUGCUGAAGAAAAAUUAAAGGAGAAAAAGAAGCAGUCGAGAUUUAAGCUUGCUCGUGAGCAAGAGAGAAAUGUAACUGCCUCCAAGUCCGCUGUUACUGAAAGCUCGCCGUCGUCAUCAGAUCAAAACUCGGCACCACCUGUAGUCAAGGAACAAAAGCCAUCCAGAUUCAAACUUACCCGGCAACAGGGACGGACAAGAGCGCCUGAUGCUGGGUAUGACGCGGGUGUUGUGGUCAAAUCAAUCCCAGCCGUGCAAGAUACCCGAAAACGAAAGGAAGACCCCAAAGAGGAAAAAAGCACAGACGAUGCAAAACCGAAACGCAAGGUGACAUGGGAUGCAGUGGCAACCGUGCAGGAACAUGAUCGCUCUGCAGCACCUUCGACAGUAUCUUCUGACUUAUCAUCGCCAUCGUAUACAGCACCCAUCAAGGAAGAGCAUAAAGUCGACAGAACAGUACCGUUACAGCAGCGUACGAUCAAUUCCCCGGCGGAUAUAUUCAGCGCUCUAAAAGACCAGCGACAAGUCUUACUGGAUGAUGGCUAUCCUGCGCUGGAAACAGGCGAAGACGAUAUCGGUCCUACUAACCUGGAUAUUGGAUUACUUUCUAAGGACGCGGAUUUUAAAACGCAGGAACUUUGGCAGCUACGAGAUGAGCCCUCAAAUCCUUUGAUUAUGCCUAUUACUCCAUCUGAAGUGCAGACUAUUCCGCAAGCAAGAAAAACUAAGCUCGACUCCAAUGUGAUGAGAGGUGCCGUGAUGGAACGAGAUAUAGAGGAUGUUGAUCCCGAUCAGGUGGAACAAGAUAUGGAUUUACGUGAAGUGACGAGCAAAUACCAUAGCCAGCGCAACAGCAUCGUUGCAGCGAUGGGUGGAUAUACAUUUGAGCCAAAGGAAGUUUAUGAGGUAUACGACGAAGAUCUACCCACAAAUGAAUCCAGUGCUACUAAAAAGGUUAAAGAAGAGGUAGAAGUAAAGCCGAAGAAAGUUUCCAGAUUCAAAGCAGCCCGCAUGGCUGCAUUAGAAAAGAACACACAGUAGAAAUAAAGGUAUUAAAGUAUGUAAUCCAGAAUAAUAGUUGAAGUUGCCAUAUAUUUUUUUGGGCAACAAUUGUAUAAUAUGUCAAUGCUCAGCAGAUAUUACUAGUGCCUGCUGCAGUAAUUAGUGGGGCCGACGAUGCCUGCUCUUGUAAUCUUCUCCAUACAUCCUCACGAUAUCUAUUACGCCUCAACCUGCAUCAUGAUUAGAGAAACUACUCCAAAACAAAAUACAUCCUGUAGAAUCAUAUGUACUUACUCUUCUUCUUCAUCUUCUCUAAACUUGCGAGCGCAUUCGUCAAAUAGUACUGGAUCUGCCGCCAUGAACAUCUUCAAGGCUGUAUAAACCAAUCCUUGAAUAGUCCUGUUCCAGUGUGUUUUUGCGU